AUGGAGGAUGUGCAGCGCGAACUCGUCGAUAUCAAUAACUGGGGAAUCAGCGUCCUUGAAAUGAGCCACCGGGGGUCUCACUUCAAGAAGGUGUUGGCUGAAGCAAGCGAAGAAGCGACUCGUCUUUUGGAGGUUCCGCCUUCGCAUGCUUUGCUGUUUAUGUCUGGAGGAGCAACAGCGCAGUUUGCUGCAGAGGCUCUCAACUUAUUAACCCCAGAAACCCCAAAUGCAGACUACGCUAUCACAGGGUACUGGAGUAAGUACGCUAUGAAAGAAGGCCAAAUGUUUGGACAGAUGAAAGCAGUGACCGACUCCUCUUCAAACAAUUUCUGCAAAAUCGAACCCGUUGAACUCUGGGAUAUCAGCAAAAAAGCAGCGUACAUUCACUACUGCGACAACGAGACAAUUCACGGCGUCGAAUAUCCCUAUGCGCCUUCUUUCGCUGAACUGUCGCCUAAAACUGCGGUUGUCGUUGACUGCGCGUCGAACAUCGCAACAAAACCCAUCGACUGGGGACUUGUAGACCUCGCCUAUGCUGGAGCGCAGAAAAACAUCGGCAUAGCCGGCGUCACCAUAGUGGUUGUGAAUCGAAGCAUAUUGAGCGCGUCGGGGUGUACACACAGGCAGUGCGAUAAUAGUAAUGGUUUCUAUAAUGCACCCGUCGAAGAAACGUUCCGCUCGAGGGUCUCUGUACGCUUUCUUAUCACCAAACAUUUGCAUGAAAUUCAACAAGAAUAUGAUGAUGCAUGCGCAUGCACCAGCAGCAGCAGCAGCAGCAGCAGCAGCAGCAGCAGCAGCAGCAAAAGGAAUGACGAAGAAACACGAAAAGAAUCCAAAGCAAAACACCAGCACAAUGAAGUCGCCGCUCAUCAACAACAAAAAAUAAAGGAGGCCUUACAAGAAGCAAAAGACAAAGACAAACAACUCACAGACAUCUUCUUGGAAAAAGCAGAAAAAAAUAAUAUGAUAUGCCUUGAGUUCCAAGAAGAAUACGACGUCAAUUGA